AUGGUCUAUGAUCUGUACUGUCUUUGUGCAUACUUUGAGCUUGGUUUGGAUGUGAUUGAGUUGCCAGCAGAUGAAGCUUUACCAGACUGUGUGUUUGUUGAGGAUACAGCUGUAAUUCACAAUGGAGUGGCUUUGAUAACCAGACCUGGCCAUCCUUCUAGACGAAAAGAGGUGGAGAGUAUUCGACGUGUACUGCAACUUGAAUGUAAAUUAGAUCUUUACGAAAUCCUUGAUGAAAAUGCUAUAAUUGAUGGCGGGGAUGUUCUGUUUACAGGUAAAGAAUUCUUCGUUGGUAUUUCAUCUCGAACAAAUCAAGCUGGUGCGUUGGCUGUUGCUAAGGCUUUCCCUGAUUAUCGUGUUUCAUCAGUAAACAUAACCGAUCAUCUGCAUCUCAAAGGUUUGGUCUCAGUAGCUGGCCCUGAUGUGUUAGCGGUUGGAACCAGCGCAGCAGCCAAGAAGACCCUUAAGGAGAUGGAGUUGAAAGGCGAGUAUGACUACGAGACCCUAACAUUGCCAGAGGACUAUGCAUCCAAUUGUCUCUAUCUAAAUGGCUCUCUUCUUCAUGUGUGUAAAGAGGAGUUUCCAGAAAGUUUUCAGGUUUUUGAAGAGAAAAUGGGCAAUGAGCGACGUAUUGCACUGGCUCGUAGCGAGCUCAGGAAAGCUGGCGGUGGUUUCACUAGCUGUGCGUUGCUCAUCGGGAAGCAACGAGUGCACAUCCAGUAAGAAGAAUGCCGUCCCCUAUCCGUAUAUAUGCACAAUAUUUGGCUUCUACAUACUUCGAUGGUAUUAGCUGAAAUAACCUUGCUUGACGUAGUAGUUUUCCUUGAUUUUCAAGUGUCGCCUUUCAAAAAUGACUCAGUUUUCUCUGGUAGAUUCCCGAAAGUUUUCUUAUGGCAUUGUACAACAUACAUGAAAUUGAGUCAACCCUGCUGUCAUUUCACCCCUACACUGUAUAGUGUAAUUUGACAAGAGUACAUUUCUCAUUUAAAAAAAAACCUCAUCACGUAAAUGUUGUCAUGAGUCACUGACAUCCAUUGCAGUUUCUGUCAUGGUUUUACAAAGCAGUGUCAUUUUUUGUGGCUUUAACCCAACUUCCUUGAUGUGUAUACCGAUCAACACAGUUUCAUUUGAUAAUAGUCCAAGUCCUUACAUUUAUAUGCAUUUUGUGACCUUAAUGUUAUAUAUUGAAUUGGAAUGAGGCUGAAUUCAAACAUAAUGAUGACGAUGACGACAAUUACUUUUUCUACUUUUCAUUUUUUUUUUUUCAGAAAAAUAAUAACAUCAAAUGCUAUCUGCCAUAAUCGUCAAAUGCUCUUCUUUCAGUAGCCUGCAUAGCAUUUUGAUCAAAGUCUGCAAAUAUUAUUAAAAUCGUGUAAAAGUCGCACUAUUGUUAUAAUGUGGGGGGAUCACAAAAAUUGGAUUUCUGCAUACAUUGUCAUUUUAGAGUAUUGUAUUCUUCAGAGCUUUGCACUUUUUUGUAUAGCAAUUUUAUUUUGUGUCUGUAAUAAUCAUUUAUUUAAUUCCACAGAAGUGGCAUGUUGUAGGAGUUCUGGUUUGAUUUUUGAUCAGUGGUGCCCUCUGUUUUGCUACUUGUGAUUUUAAUUGUCGCAUUCUAACACAUUGAAUGGCUUAUAUUUCUUUCCUUUCCUGUAUUUUAUUCAGUACUAAGAGAUAAUUUCCGACUGUCAAGGUCAAGGUCAAGCUCUUGAAAAACAACUCAUUUCCACAUUGCUGAAUGUUUUACUGUAAUUCUUCAAGCCAUGAACAUUUAUUCACAUUUUUAGUGGUCAUUGACCCCUAAAUAAGAGCCUAAAGUUAGUGCUACAUUCACCUGCUCAAUAUUCGUCAAUUUCUUAAUAUCUUCCACACAUCCUGACAACUUGGGGUGUGUUUGAUUAUCUGUCUCUAGGUAGUCAUGGCAACAAAGGGUUCUCUGAAGAAGUAAAAUAAUCAAACAAGUCGAGUCUGGAUAGGAUUAGGAAAUGCAAGCAAAACUCAAAUGCAUACAAUGUAGCCAAUGUAUGCAAUUAGUUAUCUUGCAUUGCUGAUAUCAAACACUAUGGCUGCUUGCAUGUUCUAGCGUGAUUUGACACUUUCAAAAUACUGAUAAAUACCACAGUAAGGGAAAUAGAAAUACCAUGCAUGCAUGCAUUCAUUCAUUGAAGGAAGAAACAGAAAUAACUAAAAUAAACAAAGCGAGGAUGUUGAGUCCUCAUGGAGUUAUUUGAUUAAUUUAGCAUUAUGACGUUUAUUUUGCAAAGGGACAUGUUCGUGUGUGAAGAAUAGUUAUAGGUAGACGAACACUUUCUUUACAUUGUUUUAUCACCUAUUUGAAUAUUAAUACACCUAAUUAGGUUUUAUGAAUAUUUCUAGGGUCUGUCAAAACUCCAGCAGUACCUUUUAGAAUGUCACUUAUAAUUAUAGUAGAUUAAGACAUAUCAAAUUUUUGAAUUCUAGCGAGUCUUGAUCAUUUUGAAUUAAAUUUUUGGAUAAGGAUGCAUGCACAAGAACUCAUUCAAUCUUGUACAGUAGUUUCUCAAUUUUGCCAAGUCUGAUAAUUAGAUUAGAUUCAGGUAUCUUAGGGAGUCUUGUGGUUUUUCAAAUUUUAUAAUAUGGCUGUUUGCACAUUAGAAAUCUAUAACAAACUUCUAAAUGUUCUCAUUAGCAUUCCCUCUUUUAAAACGAAGCAGAUUGAACAAAGGUAUUUCAUUUAUUGGCCCAACUGACAAACGUUUCCAGGUAUCAUGUAGCAUUUGAAUGUGCAUUAAUAUUUAAUAAGUACGGAACAAAUUGUUGUAAUCUGGUUGGGAAAACAUCAUUUUAUUUUAAAUUAUCUGGUCUCUAUAUUAAAUUAUUUCUUUUUGAUUUCCCAUCUACCGGUAUAUGUAUUAAAUGUUUUACAGAAUGCGCCCUCUAUUGACGAUUUAUAAAGUGCGCCUUCUUAUUCAACUAUAAAGUACGCCCUCUGUUUGCUUAUUUUCAUUAUAAAGUACGCCCUCUAUUGGUUCAUCUGCAUUUAUAUAUGUUCUGUGUUUAACCACCAGAAUUUCUCUGAAGUAGCAAUAGUGUUUCAACUACAGAAUUUUUCAACUAGAAGAUUUUGUUUAGUUUUUUUUUUACGAGGCAAUUUUGAGUCCCUUUGCAUGUAAAUAUGUAUGCAAUAUGAAAGAUAAUGUUGCCUCAGUGAAAGUAUUUUUAAAAAUUUGAACAAAAAUGUUUUUUAUAUUGUAGACUUCCAUUAGAUGGUGAUAAAAUUAUUAAUAAAUGUUGAA